AGCGACAGGAAGAUCCCGUUGGUUCCCCGCGAACAACAGCUUAUUUUCAAUCCUCAGUGUAAGAAAAAGUUCUCAACUACUUACUCACCGCGCUCCUUCAGAUCCCAGCGAUAGUUAUUUGUUGUAACUUCAUAAUUGUCUCUCUCUACGACUACGCCGCCCGUAGCGACGAUUGACAGAGCACUUUUGAAAAAUACGCAAAGAUUUUGAGGCCAAGGACCCAUUCGACGUAGAUACUGAGAUUAUUCGCUUUGAUUUCUCUUUUCUAAAAGGAAGCGUAAGCGACUUUUCUCCUAUAAGUUGUAGGGCUAUCGGCCACCGCUUUAUUUCGCACUUUUUUGCUUAAUUUCUUUGUACCCACUUGCACUUCUCUCGACAAUGUCGUGCUGCAGUCAGUUGCUUCGUUGGGAGGACCCGGUCAAGACGGGCGCUGUGCUUGCUGCGGGGAACGCCGUUCUGCUCGUGCUGCAAUACAGCAUUGUGGACUUCUUCGUUUGGCUGCUCGUAUGGGCGGCGAUUCUCCUCCUCUGCGCCGGCAUCGUCGGAAAAAUGACCGGACGUAAAAAGAUUUGACUGUGUUGAAAGGACACUGUUACAAUGCAUGGCGCUCCCGAAGUAACCCGGAGCUGAUAGACACUCUUUGAAGAUGGUGAAAUUCACCUGACAUUUUUUGAGCUAUGAAUGUAUGCAUUUUGCCAUGAGUUGAAACGCAUCAUAAUGCCAUACACACACAGGUAUCGCGUUUGUACAGGAAAAAUGCUGCCUGGAACAGAUAGUGAGCAGGGAGGUCGUCGCGUCUUCCGUCGUGGAAGUAUAUGACCAGAGUGCGUCUCUUGUCGCAGUUGCAGUGCCUCUUCUCACAUGGCAAGACUGCAAGCAGUCGGGCGCCGCAUUGGCUGGACUGUACAACUUCUUCUACGAAUUUUCAUGAUGAAAGAAUGAUUUUCGAUAUCAUGUUCGCUCUUUAAUAUAUCUAGACCUCUCUGUCUGUGACGGUGUCGAUACUAGUCAUGACUUUAUUCACAACAGGUACUGCAUGCACCUCCUCCUGUCUUGGUUUGGCCUCCUGCUUUCUGUGUUUCUUGCGUGGAACAUAGCGUUCACCUACGGCAGAUUCCAAAAGGAAAUCCACGCGCAAGUCGAUCCGUUGGUGGCAAAGGGCAAGGCAGAAGUCGAGAAGCUGUGGGCAAAGGUUCCCAGAUAUGUCGAAAAGAAGGGUGAAGAGAAGAAGGAAUCAUAAUUAGUCACGAUGGCGGAUUUCAAUUCUUACCCCUUCGCAAAUUGAGGGCGCGCAUUCGCAUGUUUGCUUUCAUUCUCUCAUGGACAUGAAAACGCACCAACAUUUUUCUUGCGAUUUGAUUCCCAUAGAUCGUGGGUAAUAUCUUUCGCCAUCUAUGCUAUGCAUAACGGCCCGCAGCGCUGCGUGGUCAGUCUUUCCCCCAGCACAGCAACUGCUACAUGCUACUACAAGAAGCCCAACAUAGUCAUAGAGACGCUCUAUGUUCGCAAGGAAUGUACCCCCGCUAGUGUAACUUAGUAGGGUCAACGUUCUGUAUCUCGAAACUGAGCUCACAGAUCGAUAGGGUUCUGUUCAGCAUGGCACUUGUUCUUUCUAGUUUUGUUGUUAUCGAUUCCCUUCCCGCCCGUUGUAGUCGGAGAAAAUCGCAAUAAAGACCCACCGCACUGAUGUGAAAGUCAUUGCGUGGUCGUGGUCUUCAGAAACCAAAUCAUUUUCAAUAGCACUAGCGAAUACCCCAGUCUUGUGUUUGAGAAUGGAGCGCCUUUCAAACGACAGAAAAAACAAUUCCGAUCGGAAUUUUCCAAACUUUUUCAUGAUCUACAAAUUGUGUUUUUCAAAUCAUAUCAGGGGUUUUGAACUCAAAGGAAACUACGAGUAAGACAAAGAACAAAGAGAGCAGGAGAGAGAGACAUUGGCAGAAGUGCAGACAAGUUCGGGUCGUCAUCAUCAACACAAACUCAUGGUCUCGUCGUUUUGAUUUUUCCCUCUGGGACGGUUUUUUUUUUCGUCCGUGUUUAGCAU